ACACUAGUUUAUCUUAGACUUUACAUCAAUAUAUCAAUUUUGUUCUGUUAAUUUAUCUAUCAAUGUUUUUAAUCAUUUUUUUGGUUACAAACGUUCUCGCCCACGAGUCGGAUAAUUUACAGUGGCAGCAUCAUGGAAAUUAUUUGAGGAAUAUCGAGUCGAACGAUUUGCCAGAAGAUUCGAGACAAAAUUUUAAUUACAAUAAUAAUAAUAAUGGAAACAAUUUUUAUGCUGGGCAAGUUAAUAACGAAUUUAAUGAUCAGUCCCUGCGGCAAUCAAACCCGGGUAAUUGGAACUAUAAUCAUAAUCAUCAGUCACAAGGACCGGUAACAAUAAAUGAACAUGUUGAAAUAACAAAACCGCUUGCGCUCCCAGUUUUCAAAUACAUCGGGGUACCGUAUCAACAGCCCGUGGAAAUACAGGUGCCGCAUACAGUAGCAGUCAGAGUGCCGCAGCCUUAUCCUGUCCACGUGCCAGUAAUGCAGCCGGUCGGGUAUCCCGUGAUGAAAACAAUUUUUGUUCCGGUUGAAAAGAAGGUUCCGUAUGAAGUGGAGCGCAUUGUUCCGGUUCCGGUGGAACAGCCAGUGCCGAUAGCCAUCGAAAAGCCGAUUCCUGUUCCGGUCGAAGCGCCUUAUCCCAUUCAUAUCCCGAUUUACAAAAAUAUUUACCAUAGGAAAGUAAAAGGUCGCGGUCCUCGCGGUCGCGAAAGGCGAUACAAAGGCUAAAUUUAUUUUUAAAUUUAAGUAGUUAAUUUUAUUUAUGUAAUUAAUUAGAAAAUUUUUAUAAUUUAAUGUUAAUAAAUAUUUUUUUUAAUCAGAAAUCAAAUAAUUUUUAGUCUAAACUCAAAUCUUGUACACGGAAAGAAAAUUAUGGGAAGUUUUGCUAUGCAUUAUGGGA